AGUUGUCAUUGACAGUUGUCUAUGUUCUAAAAUUCUUUUUCCUCGUUCUUCGUUUACCGUAUCGGAGGUUAUAAUCAUGACUCGCAAACGCCGUAACGGAGGACGCGCCAAGCACGGCCGUGGCCAUGUAAAGGCUGUGAGGUGCACCAACUGCGCACGAUGCGUGCCAAAGGACAAGGCGAUCAAGAAGUUCGUGAUUAGGAAUAUUGUUGAGGCCGCCGCUGUAAGGGAUAUUAACGAAGCCUCCGUUUACACAUCAUUCCAGCUGCCAAAGCUGUACGCAAAGCUCCACUACUGUGUUUCAUGCGCGAUCCACAGUAAGGUGGUGCGCAACAGGUCGAAGAAGGACAGGCGUAUCCGCACACCGCCCAAGAGCAACUUCCCACGUGAUAUGGCUCGCCCACAGAACGUUGUUAGGAAGUAAACAAUAAAAUGUAAAAACAUCAA